GUGGGGCCGGCCCGGUGGACGGCGGCGGCGCGGUCUGGCGUAGACCCUCUCGGGCCAUGGUGGUGGUGGCACCCGCGCAGACCUCGGCCGCCGGGGCCCCCAAAGUGCUGCUUUUGUCCGGCAAGCCCGCCGCCGCCGCCGCCACCGCCGCCGCCGCCACCGGAGCCCCGGCCGGCCGGGCUCUGCCACUCAUGGUGCCGGGCCAACGAGGGGCCAGCCCGGAGGUGGCGAGCGGGGGCCCACCCCAGGCGCGCAAGCGACAGCGCCUCACGCACCUGAGCCCCGAGGAGAAGGCGCUGCGGAGGAAACUGAAAAACAGAGUCGCAGCCCAGACUGCCAGAGACCGAAAGAAAGCUCGAAUGAGUGAGCUGGAACAGCAAGUGGUAGAUUUGGAGGAAGAGAACCAAAAACUUUUGCUAGAAAAUCAGCUUUUGCGAGAGAAAACCCAUGGCCUUGUAGUUGAGAACCAGGAGUUAAGACAGCGCUUGGGGAUGGAUGCCCUGGUUACUGAAGAGGAGGCUGAGACCCAGACCAAGGGGAAUGGAGCGAGGCCAGUGACCGGGUCUGCUGAGUCCGCAGCACUCAGACUACGUGCACCUCUGCAGCAGGUGCAGGCCCAGUUGUCACCCCUCCAGAACAUCUCCCCAUGGAUUCUGACAGCGUUGACUCUUCAGACUCUGAGUCUGAUAUCCUGUUGGGCAUUCUGUUCAACUUGGAUCCAGUCAUGUUCUUCAGAUGUCCUUCCCCAGAGUCUCCCAGCCUGGAGCAGCUCCCAGAAGUACACCCAGAAGGACCCAAUUCCUUACCAGCCUCCCCUUCUCCAUCACUGGGGACGUCAUCAGCCAAGCUGGAAGCCAUUAAUGAACUGAUUCGGUUUGACCACAUAUAUACCAAGCCCCUAGUCUUAGAGAUACCCUCUGAGACAGAGAGCCAAGCUAAUGUGGUAGUGAAAAUUGAGGAAGCACCUUUCAGCCCCUCAGAGAAAGAUCGCCCUGAAUUCACUGUCUCAGUGAAGGAAGAACUUGUAGAAGAUGACUUCAUUCCAGAGCUGGGCACCUCAGAUCCACUUUCAUCCAGCCACUGCCUGAAGCCAUCUUCCUGUCUACUCGAUGCUUAUAGUGACUGUGGAUAUGAGGGCUCCCCUUCUCCCUUCAGCGACAUGUCCUCUCUGCUUGGUGUAGACCAUUCUUGGGAGGACACUUUUGCCAAUGAACUCUUUCCCCAGCUGAUUAGUGUCUAAGGAAUGAUCCAGUGCUGUUACCCUUUUCCUUGACCAUUAUACUGCCUGGAAGAUAGCAGAGAAGCCUGCGCUUCAUUUAAAAAAGCCAAAGUAGAGGGCGUACAGUCCUAGGGAAUUACUCUAAAGUAUUUGUUCAAACCGUAUAGGUCACCCCAAGUAUUGUCUUUUGUCAUCCAGCAGUCCAAGGUACUCAGAUAUAUUACUAUAGUCCAGAAUUACAGCUUUUGAGGUUGUACCCUUAUCUUAAAGGCAGUAGUUUGUCCUAAAAUUCUUACGUAAAGGUCAUUGGACAAGCGUCUUAGACAUGGAAUUUGUGAGUGACCCUUUAACAUUUCUUUUCCCUCUUCUUGGCAUCCCAGGCUUACCUCCAAUUUUAGGUCCUUUAGUUUGCUUCUGCAAGCAGAGAACACCUACCUGAGGGGGCUCCUUUCCUUCAUGUACAGUUGAAGUAAAGAUCAAGAAUCUUUUGUAAAACUAUGGAAAUUUACUAUGUAAAUGCUUGAUGGAAUCUUUCCCUGCUAGUGUAACUUUUGGAAGGUGCUUUCUCCAUUUAUUUAAGACUACCUGUGCAAUUAAAAAGUGCAAUGCAG